AUGAUGGGAGACCUAUAUGGGAGGCCAUCACGGAUAGUUUUGCCCUUCAAGGUCCAUGAAGGGGGACGUGAAAAAGAAGUUCAAGGGGAGAAGGAGCUUGAUGGACAAAAUGAAAAUCAAGAGUCUAAUGAAUUAGUUGAAGAAGCAGAGGAAAAAGCUGGAGGGAAUCAUGAAUCUAAUGAAAAUAUGGAAGAAACAGAGGAAAACGCUGGAGUACAUCAAUUAGAAGAAAAUCCAAAUGGAGAAAUUGUUGAAAAUGAAGAAGAAGUUGGGCAAAAGGAGGUUGAUGGAAAUGAAGAAUCUAAUGAAACAAAGGAAGAAGCUGAAGUAGGAGAAACAGAAGAAAAUCCAGAAGGAGAAAUUGUUGAAAAUGAAGAUAACGAGGAUGAAUAUGAAAAAGAAAGAAAACGACGAGAUAUUAAACAAGGAAAACAACCAAUGUAUAAAGAAGGAGGACCAUUCAAGGAUUAUGAAGAAAAAAACGAAGGAAAAAAAUUUGAUUUGGAUAAGUGGAGCUGGUAA